AUGGUCGCGGUGGCCAGAGCACCACCAGCACUGGUGCUAGGGUCCAUGCGGACUGGCGAUGCCUUCGCCCUGGGCCAACAGCAACAGGCGCUGCGUGUCUGUGUGUUUUUCCUUCAUGGGUCCCCACCCAUGAGCGCAGGUGCUGGACACGGGAGAUCUGAGGAGCCUUCCCACGCAUUCACGCCGCACAUCACAGCCAGCAUGUGCCAGCGGGCACACGGGUCCCACACCUGCUUUGCCAUCUAUAAAGAAAAUGCAGAACUGUUCAGAGCAGACACGACCAGCCAGCCCUGGAAGGAUUACGUCAACUACAUUGACGGCAUGGUCUUAGAUGAGUUUGACCACUUCAUCCGCAAAUCUCUAAAUUACUUAAUGGACAACAUGACUAUGGACGAGAGCAUCGCGCCCCUGUUUGAGAUCCGCAUGGAGCUGGACGAGGAAGGGCUGACUUAUAACCCGUCUCUGGAGAUGGGCGAGGAGGAUGGCUUCCUGGCGCUGAUCGAGGGCCUGAUCAACGACCUCUACAACGUGGCCAGGCUCAUCCCUCGCCUGGCCAAGGGCAGAAUUAACUACAAGACAGACCUGGAGGACAUCACGGACCUCAUAGAGAUGCGGGAGGAAGUGUCCAGCCUGGUCAUCGGGGCCAUGAAGGUGGCCGAGGAGUACCAGGACUCCUUCGAGAGAUACUCCUACCUCUGGGUGGAUGACCUUCAAGAGUUCAUGAAGAACUUCCUCAUCUUUGGGCACGCACCCACCCCCGAGGAGCUGGACACCCGGAUAGACGACACCAUCCCCAAGACGCCACCCAGCCUGGCUCAGUUUCAGCUGCAGAUCGACUCCUACGAGAAACUGUACGAGGAGGUGUCCAGGUGUGAGAACACCAAGGUUUUCCACGGCUGGCUGCAGUGUGACUGCCGCCCCUUCAAGCAGGCCUUGCUCAACACCAUCAAGCGCUGGAGCUUAUUGUUCAAGCGGUACCUGAGCACCCACGUCACCAACAGCCUGGCUGACCUGGAAAGCUUCAUGACCGUCACCCGAUCGGGCCUCAAGAAGCCACUCAAGGAGGGGGACUACGACGGCUUGGUAGAGGUGAUGGGGCACUUGAUGAAGGUCAAGGAGAGGCAGGUGGCCACGGACGGCAUGUUUGAGCCCCUGAAGCAGACCAUCGAGCUGCUCAAGACCUACGGGGAGGAGAUGCCGGAGGAGACACACCUGAAGCUACAGGAGCUGCCGGAGCACUGGACCAACACCAAGAAGCUGGCCAUUCAGGUGAAGCAGAACGUGGCGCCCCUCCAGGCCAACGAGGUCAACAUCCUGCGGCGCAAGUGCCAGCAGUUUGAGAUCAAGCAGCACGAAUUCAGGGAAAGGUUCAGGCGCGACGCCCCCUUCUCCUUCAGCGACCCCGACCCCUACAAAUCCCUGAAUAAGCAACAAAAAAGCAUCUCGGCCAUGGAGAGCGUCAUGGACGCAUUGUGCAAGUCGGCCAGCCUGUUCGAGGUCACGGUGCCGGACUACAAGCAGCUGAAGGCCUGUCACAGGGAGGUCCGCCUGCUGAAGGAGCUCUGGGACAUGAUUGUCAUGGUCAACACCAGCAUCGACGACUGGAAGACCACCAAGUGGAAGGACAUCAACGUGGAGCAGAUGGACAUCGACUGCAAGAAGUUCGCCAAGGACGUGAGGUCUUUGGACAAGGAGAUGAAGACGUGGGAUGCCUUCGUGGGGCUGGACAACACCGUGAAGAACAUGAUCACCUCUCUGCGCGCGGUGAGCGAGCUGCAGAAUCCCGCCAUCCGGGACCGCCACUGGCAGCAGCUCAUGCAGGCCACCCAGGUGAGGUUCGAAAUGUCCAGCGAGACCACACUGGCCGACUUGCUGCAACUGAACCUCCACAAGUAUGAGGAUGAGGUCCGCAACAUUGUGGACAAGGCCGUAAAGGAAUCAGGGAUGGAGAAGAUACUGAAGACCCUGGACAGCACCUGGACCACCAUGGAGUUUGAACACGAGCCACACCCGCGGACCGGCACCAUGAUGCUCAAGUCGGACGAGGUGCUGGUGGAGACCCUGGAGGACAACCAGGUGCAGCUGCAGAACCUGAUGAUGUCCAAGUACCUGUCCCACUUCCUGAAGGAGGUGACCAGCUGGCAGCAGAAGCUGUCCACCGCGGACUCGGUCAUCUCCAUCUGGUUUGAGGUGCAAAGGACCUGGAGCCACCUGGAGAGCAUCUUCAUCGGCUCGGAGGACAUUAGGGCCCAGCUGCCGGAAGAUUCCCAGCGCUUUGACAGCAUCGACCAGGAGUUCAAGGCCCUGAUGGCAGAUGCCGUGAAAACGCCAAACGUGGUGGAAGCCACCAACAAACCGGGUCUCUAUGACAAGCUGGAGGCACUGAAGAAAAGCUUGGCCGUGUGUGAAAAGGCGUUGGCUGAAUAUUUGGAGACAAAGAGACUGGCUUUCCCAAGGUUCUAUUUUGUCUCCUCGGCUGACCUGCUGGACAUCCUUUCCAACGGAAACGACCCUGUGGAGGUGAGCCGCCACCUGUCCAAACUCUUCGACAGUCUGUGUAAGCUGAAGUUCCGUCUGGACGCCAGCGGGAAACCACUCAAGUUUGGGCUGGGGAUGUACAGCAAGGAAGACGAGUACAUGGACUUUGACAAGGAGUGUGACCUCUCGGGCCAGGUGGAAGUGUGGCUGAACCGCGUGCUGGACCGAAUGUGCGCCACGCUGCGCCACGAGAUUCCAGAAGCCGUAGUGACGUACGAGGAGAAGCCGAGGGAGCAGUGGAUCUUCGAUUACCCAGCCCAGGUGGCACUAACGUGCACGCAGAUCUGGUGGACGACUGAGGUGGGCCUGGCGUUCGCGAGGCUGGAGGAAGGGUACGAAAACGCCAUCAAAGACUACAACAAAAAGCAGAUCAGCCAGCUGAACGCACUCAUCACCCUGCUCAUCGGAAACCUCAGCGCCGGCGACAGGAUGAAGAUCAUGACCAUCUGCACCAUUGACGUGCACGCCCGAGACGUGGUGGCCAAAAUGAUCGCUGCCAAGGUGGAGAGCUCGCAGGCCUUCACGUGGCAGUCACAGCUCCGACACCGCUGGGACGAGGAGAAGAAGCAUUGCUUCGCCAACAUCUGUGACGCCCAGAUCCAGUACUCGUACGAGUACCUGGGGAACACCCCACGGCUGGUCAUCACACCACUCACAGACAGGUGCUACAUCACACUCACGCAGUCCCUCCACCUGAUCAUGGGCGGAGCCCCUGCGGGUCCUGCUGGCACAGGCAAGACGGAGACAACCAAGGACCUGGGCAGAGCCCUGGGCACCAUGGUGUACGUCUUCAACUGCUCCGAGCAGAUGGACUACAAGUCCUGCGGAAACAUCUACAAGGGGCUAGCCCAGACCGGAGCCUGGGGCUGCUUUGACGAGUUUAACCGGAUCUCGGUGGAAGUCUUGUCUGUGAUCGCUGUACAGGUGAAGUGUGUCCAAGACGCAAUCCGGGCCAAGAAAAAGAAGUUUAACUUCCUGGGCGAGAUAAUAAGCCUCAUCCCCACCGUGGGCAUCUUCAUCACCAUGAAUCCUGGCUACGCCGGACGCACAGAGCUGCCCGAGAACCUGAAGGCCCUCUUCAGGCCCUGUGCUAUGGUGGUGCCCGACUUUGAGUUGAUCUGUGAGAUCAUGCUGGUGGCCGAGGGCUUCCUGGAAGCCCGCCUGCUGGCCCGGAAGUUCAUCACCCUCUACACCCUGUGCAAAGAGCUGCUGUCAAAGCAGGUGUGUCCUUCCAGUUCCUGGGGGAGUCCUGGCGGAGCCUCAGGGGACCCACACUCUGCCUCUGUCCUCCCUAGCUCUGAGAUCCACUCCGAGCCUGGAAGCGCCAGUUGGCCACUGUAG